AUAAUACAGGUAUUUGAGAUAAACUCUAAGUUUGCGAACUAAAUCUUACGCGAACUUAAAGUUUAAAACAAAAAAAAUUUGAGAACCCAUAAUUUAAAACCUUUUCUUAUCACUAAUUAUAACUAUCUAUUAUAUAAUUUAUUUAUUAUUUUAACAUAUGGACAAAUAAAUGAUAUUAUAAUUAAAUACUAUGCAACGAUUAUCAAAAAAUGCUAAUAAAUUUUGGAAAUUAAUUGCCUAUCAUAAAAUUUAAUUAUGAACUUAAAAUUUUAUUUAUCUUAUUUAGACUUCUUCUCUAAUCUUAUCAGCCGAUACAAUUUUAGAAUUAUUAUAAAUAUAAAAUAUAUGGGGUUAUCUGUCCAUGAAAUAUGUCUGUAUCUAUUUUUUAGAUUUUAACUCCCAAAUUUAAAGUGA